AUGCACCCAAGUCCGAACUCACCAUCUGACGAGGACCUUGAAUCCUUCGAAGACCUCAUCGGAUAUCGAUUCCGCGGCCGGAUUCUAGCACGAGAAGCCCUACAAAUCACUAAUGCCUUGCCCGGCGAGGGAAACAAAUCGUUGGCUAUGUUCGGCGACGCAGUCCUCCGCAUGAUUCUCAUCUGGCAAGGCCGUCAACAAAACCAGUCCGAGCUUGAUAUCUCCGACUACGUCCGCAGGAAGACCGACUGGAGAUGUCUUUCUGAGCGAGGCUUCGCGAGUUCAUUGGAGAAGUACAUUGUAACGCGACCUGGACAAACGAUCAUUGCCGCCGAUAUGGCGGAGACUGUUUCGGCGAUCAUUGGGGCGGUUUUUAUGGACUGUGGAUUUGGAUUGGCUCAGUGCCUCGGCGUCAUGGCUCAAUUGGGCAUUUCUUGGUCAUGA